CUGAUGCGACACGCAAAAGGUGGAAGCUGUGGUUCUGUCGGAUUCCACACAAACAUCUCCGCAUUCAGGUCCGUCGGUCGUGAGAGUCGCUCACUCACCAGCCCCUGGACUCACUCAGGAACUUCACUCGCCCAUCUCUAGCCUGUAAAAAUGCGUGAGUGCAUCUCAGUCCACAUCGGACAGGCCGGAGUCCAGAUCGGCAAUGCCUGCUGGGAGCUGUAUUGCCUGGAGCACGGCAUCCAACCCAACGGCGAGAUGCCUUCCGACACCACCAUUGGUGGAGGCGACGACUCCUUCAACACCUUCUUCAGCGAGACGAGCUCCGGCAAGCACGUGCCACGUGGAGUUUUCGUCGACCUCGAACCCACCGUCGUCGACGAGAUCCGCACCGGCAUCUACCGCCAGCUGUUCCACCCGGAACAGCUCAUCACGGGUAAGGAGGACGCCGCCAACAACUACGCCCGCGGCCACUACACCAUCGGCAAGGAGAUCGUCGACCUGGUGCUGGACCGCAUCCGCAAGCUGUCUGACCAGUGCACAGGGCUGCAGGGCUUCCUCAUCUUCCACUCCUUUGGCGGUGGCACCGGCUCCGGCUUCACCUCUCUCCUGAUGGAGCGCCUGUCCGUCGACUACGGCAAGAAGUCCAAGCUGGAGUUUUCCAUCUACCCUGCUCCUCAGGUGUCGACAGCUGUGGUGGAGCCGUACAACUCCAUUCUAACCACACACACGACCUUAGAGCACUCAGACUGCGCCUUCAUGGUCGACAACGAGGCCAUCUACGACAUCUGCCGCCGGAACCUGGACAUUGAGCGCCCCAGCUACACCAACCUCAACCGCCUCAUAGGCCAGAUCGUCUCCUCCAUCACUGCCUCCCUGCGCUUCGACGGCGCUCUCAACGUGGACCUGACAGAGUUCCAGACCAACCUGGUGCCCUACCCCCGCAUCCACUUCCCCUUGGCCACCUACGCCCCGGUCAUCUCCGCCGAGAAGGCCUACCACGAGCAGCUGUCUGUGGCGGAAAUCACCAACGCCUGCUUUGAACCGGCUAAUCAGAUGGUGAAGUGUGACCCUCGCCACGGCAAGUACAUGGCCUGCUGCCUGCUGUACCGUGGUGAUGUCGUGCCCAAGGAUGUCAACGCCGCCAUCGCCACCAUCAAGACCAAGCGCACCAUCCAGUUUGUCGACUGGUGUCCCACCGGCUUUAAGGUGGGCAUCAACUACCAGCCUCCCACGGUGGUACCUGGCGGCGACCUGGCCAAGGUGCAGCGCGCCGUGUGCAUGUUGAGCAACACCACGGCCAUCGCCGAGGCCUGGGCUCGUCUGGACCACAAGUUCGACCUCAUGUACGCCAAGCGCGCCUUCGUGCACUGGUAUGUCGGGGAGGGCAUGGAGGAGGGCGAGUUCGCCGAGGCACGCGAAGACCUGGCGGCCCUGGAGAAGGACUACGAGGAGGUCGGCGUCGACUCCAUCGAGACUGCCGGCGGUGAGGGCGAUGAGUACUGAGAAUCUCUCAGGAGAAAACGAAAAAGGACGAGACGAAAUUUCUGAGUUGUGUGGAAAAUUUUCCGCGGAAGAUCUUGUGCAAAUAUGAGCCAUAGCACGCCCUUCUCUUUUGGAGAGAAUAAUUUUGGUGAAAAUGGAGAGGUAGACGAGGCGUCGUUUCCAAGUUUUGUACAAAGUUAUGUCCAUAAAACUUGUGUUGUUGUGAAUCACUCGAUGUUUUCUCUUUGGAUGAAACCUCUAGAGAGGAAAUUUUGUAUUGUACCUGGAGUAGCAGCAGCAAGAGGUUUUGUAGUUUGAAGUAAACUCACAAAUACGACAAAUGAAAGAAAUCCUCCGUUUUAAAACACACGAAAAGUGACUCUCCAGAACUUUUAUAGCAGAAUAAAUUUACAUUUAAAAACAAACACUUUGAUUCUAGAAAUUCUUCUCAUGUCAAAGCAUACAUUUCUUGUGAGGUUCCCAUAUUUUAUAUUUUCCCUUCUCCUUAAUCAUCCCUUCGUGAAUUUUAACGAAUCUAUUGAGUGCCAACAAACCAUAUUCAGUGUUAUAAUAUUCAGUGUUAGAGAAAUAAACUUUAGUAGUGUUGUUUUGAAUAUACUGGUCUCCUGCCCACUGUUGCCAAUGCUGAAUAUAUUGUUGGGUAACUUAAUUGUUAUUAAAGAGAUUGUGUUAGUUUAGUUCUUGUUGUUUGUUACUCCUCGAGAAGCAUAGGGCCGCAUAAAGAGCCUUGUAUAGAAUGUAUUAUUUACAUAUAUGUGCACAAGUUUCUCAAAUAUUCUUUGAUGAGAUUAAUUUUAAGUAUUUUAAAAUCUUUACAGAAUUAAAUAGCACUUCUGAUUACCAGC